GACUGAUGGUAAAUAUGCUCUUCACUUACGGUUAAGGUAUUGUGUAAGUAGAAUUCUCAUCUCAGAGUCCAUCAGCACAACGUCCUUCUCUGUCCGAGCAUUCUUGUUUCACUUGAGCAGUCAUGUUCACACUUGAGCAGUCGUGUUCACACUUGAGCAGUCAUGUUCACACUUGAGCAGUCAUGUUCACACUUGCAACAAUGUCGUCCCAAACAAGCAACUCCCGCUUCCAAAUGACCCAGCAGCCAUGCGCUGUAUGCUCCAGUGCUUCCCGCUCUUCUUCUUCCAAUUUCCGAAAACGUAUUUUGGCGCCUUCAAGUAAUUCAGACGCGCCAAACAAGAUGGCCCCAAAGCACUUCGUGGGACACGGACUUCGCGUCCCGCUCGUCAGGCUCGGACAAAAGCGCUUGCACGCGCGGUCGGCCAGCGACCUUGCUGUGAAGGGCAAGAAGAGCUUACUCGAGAUUGUCAAGAACAUCGCUCAUAGUCAGGUUUCAAGAUUGAAGAGCGCUUCCAGGUGCGAACUUGCAGUGUGGAUCGAGAGGGCAGAGACACUGGCUCUGGGCCCGCACCCGAAGACAGAACUAGCUUCAACGAAAAAGGAAGACCUCCUCGAGGCACUUGGGCUUAGGAAUACAGCCCCAAAAGCGAAGAGCAACAAGGUGAACACUGAUGCACCACGGAAGCCCAAUCCAAAGAAAGCAGCAUCACUUGCCGAAGACAAGAUGAUCGCUAAGCCGAGUGUGCCUCUCCCAGCAAAGACCACCAAUUCUGAGCAGAAAGCUGCGCCUGCUCCAAAGGCCGUCACAACACAAAAGCAGAUCUCGCAUGGCAUGCCAAUGGAGUCUGCAAGAGUGGCACAAAAUCCAAACAAGCGCAAUUACAACAACGCAGACGCAUCAACAGACACCGAGCAAACGUGUGCUAAGAAAACGCGAGUCGUCUCAAUCCCCUCUCCAGAGAUCAUCAGAUCGCCUCUGAUGAGCGCCACUGUUGCUGAAGCGCAAGUCAUCGAGACUGCCUCUUCUGCUCCGGUUGCGCCAAUAGCACAAGCGAGCCAACCACGGGAGGCCUGCACGGUAAUCCCAGACCACAGGACCAGCACGAAGCCGCAGCCGCUAUGCCUGGAGAUGCGCGACAGCAGGCGCUCGUAUGUGGAGAAGACUAGCCGCACGGUCGGCGUCUCGUCCGCCCCCCACGAUGCCCUGGGCGCCUCCAGUCUGCACUCUCCCGCGCCAUCCUCCUCUUACGACGAGCCACAAAGGCAAGAGCAGCCCUUCCUCAAAUUCGGCACUCACGGCCGGGGAGGCGAUUUCGAGCACGACCCCGACCGCUUUACGGGGCGUGGGCACCAAGUCCGCCCCUCCGACCUGGCUCGUCGGCGUGCCUACGAAGCGCAGUAUCGCGCAUUUUAUCAGCAGUUCCCGUUAUUCCCGCUCACGGAUGAACAGAAGAGGAGAAAUUUGCGCGGGUGUGUUGAGGGGCUUGAGCAGCUCAGACGGGAGGAGGUGUGGAUGGGUGCGUAUCGGGAGAGGUAUUGGGGCGAGCUUGUCGGGCAUCUCUGGGAUUGUGGGUGUGAGAUGGUGGGGGAUGGAGGGGAGAGCGAGGAAGAGUGAGAAGGAGCUUGAGUGUCGCUCGACGUAAAAGUGUCUUCAAGACCUCCUGACAUGUACUUGUGGUCAAAGGGAGUAGAAUCUCGCGAGGCUGGGGAAAACUGGUAGCGCGCACUUGCACACAGCGUCUGUCAUAUCGAACAAGAAGCGGUACGACCGCAUCGCUACAUAGCGAGAUUGUAGCAUCGUUAUGAUACC